AAGCAGAGAACCGAAAGCAAAAAAACAAAAACACUCCAGAAUUCACAACAGAAACGAAACGAGAGAAAAUAGAUAUGGGGGUAGGCGGCGGUGGAGGAGUUGGAGGAGAUCAGAAUCAGAGGAGAAGCGGCGGAGAAAUGAUGGCGAUGGCGAGUAUGUUCAACGAUCAGCAGAAUCCAAUUCAGCAGUUCCAGGUUAAAUUCAAAGAAGUAGAAACCGGUUUCAAGACUUGGUUAUCCAAACAAUCAAUACCAGUGGAAGCCGCCGUCGUCUCAAUCAUGAGCGGUGUCCAAGGAGCUUUCAUUGGUGGACUCAUGGGAACACUCUCUCCUGAAAUGCCUCAGGCUGGCGGCGUUGACCCUCAAGCCAUAGCUCCUUCCAUGAAACAAGCUCAGGCACUUGUGGGUGGACCUUGGGUCCAAGCUCGUAAUUUUGCUGCCAUUACUGGUGUUAAUGCUGGAAUUGCUUCAGUCAUGAAGCGGAUUAGAGGCAAAGAGGAUAUUGAAUCUGCCGUAGUGGCAGCAUUAGGAUCUGGAUUUGCUUACUCUUUGGUGAGCCAAGGCUUGCAAGGACAACCUAUGAACGCAAUCACCACCGCAGCUGGUUUUGCUGUUUUCCAAGGGAUUUUUUUUAAGUUGGGAGAAAGAUUCUCUAAACCGAGCGUUGAAGACCCGUUUUACACACGAGGAAGAACUAUGCUUGUGCAGCUUGGUCUAGAAAAAUACGAGAAGAACUUCAAGAAAGGACUUCUAACAGAUCCCACAUUGCCAUUGCUCACUGAUAGCGCGCUAAGAGAUGUGAGCAUACCACCAGGGCCAAGGCUUAUGAUUCUAGACCAUAUCCAGAGGGACCCGGAGUUGAAGAGCAAACGAAAGUAGUAACUGAGGCUUUUGUUUAAGAUGGUUGGUCAUCGCCAGAAUCUAUCAAAACACAAAUGUAAUGUCUUUUAACUUUUUAGAUGCUCAUGCUAGGAAGAAGAACUCUUGUUGGAUUCUUCGUCUACUACUAGCAAUGUUUGAUUCUCUUUUAAAUUUUAAAAUACUCUCGUCAUAAAUCGAAAUGGAUUGUAGGUUCAGAAUAUUGAAAAAAUGAGAUAUGAUCUGUAUGAGAAUAAGAUGAUUAAUAUAUAGUUGAAUGGGCUGUAAGAUUGAUAUCA